GUAAGCCAGGGGCAAGACAGGCUCCUUUCCGAUGGAGAGAGCUUCUGACCCAUCAGAAGGCGAAUGCCGCCAUGCAGCACUACGGGGUGAACGGCUAUUCGCUGCACGCCAUGAACUCACUCAGCGCCAUGUACAACCUGCACCAGCAGGCAGCCCAGCAGGCCCAGCACGCCCCCGACUACCGGCCUUCGGUGCAUGCACUUACAUUGGCUGAGCGCCUGGCUGAUAUCAUCUUGGAGGCCCGUUAUGGUUCCCAGCACCGCAAACAACGUCGCAGCCGCACAGCGUUCACAGCUCAGCAGCUCGAGGCCCUGGAAAAGACCUUCCAGAAGACUCACUACCCAGAUGUGGUGAUGCGUGAGAGGCUGGCCAUGUGCACCAACCUGCCUGAGGCCCGGGUGCAGGUGUGGUUCAAGAACCGCCGGGCCAAGUUCCGGAAGAAGCAGCGUAGCCUGCAGAAGGAACAGCUCCAGAAGCAGAAGGAGGCUGAGGGCUCCCAUGGGGAAGACAAGGCAGAGGCCCCCACUCCGGAUACCCAGCUAGACACUGACCAGCCCCCACACCUGCCUGGCAGCAACCCCCCUGCUGAGCUUCACCUGAGUCUGUCUGAGCAGUCAGCCAGUGAGUCAGCCCCCGAGGAUCAGCUGGACCGUGAGGAGGACCCCCGGGCAGGGGCUGAGGACCCCAAAACUGAGAAGAGCCCUGGGGCUGAGAGCAAAGGGCUGGGCUGCAAGAGGGGCAGCCCCAAGGCAGAUUCCCCAGGCAGCCUGACCAUCACUCCUGCGGCCCCAGGGGGUGGCCUCCUGGGCCCCUCCCACUCCUAUUCCUCAUCCCCGCUGAGCCUCUUCCGUCUGCAGGAGCAAUUCCGCCAGCACAUGGCGGCCACCAACAACCUGGUGCACUACUCAUCCUUCGAAGUAGGGGGUCCAGCCCCUGCUGCUGCCGCGGCAGCUGCUGCUGUGCCCUACCUGGGCGUCAACAUGGCCCCGCUGGGCUCACUGCACUGCCAGUCCUACUACCAGUCCCUGUCAGCAGCCGCUGCUGCCCACCAGGGUGUGUGGGGGUCCCCUCUGCUGCCUGCACCCCCAGCAGGCCUGGCUCCUGCUUCAGCUACCCUGAACAGUAAAACCACAAGCAUCGAGAACCUGCGGCUCCGGGCCAAGCAGCACGCGGCCUCCCUGGGACUCGAUACGCUGCCCAACUGACUGUCUGGCCUCCAACCCAGCCAGGGGUCUUAGGUGUCCCCUCCUAGCCCUGUGGUUAUCCCUAGGUGGCUCUUGAGGAGUUAACUCCAUGAGCACAGGGAUCCUAGGGCCUGGUGUCCUGUUCCCUGCUCCGCUUCCCCAUACCCCAGCCUGAGGCAAAGCCCACACCUACACACCCUCUGCAUGGCCCUGCCUGGACCCCAUGAAGGCCGAAUAGGGAGGAGGUCAGGGGCUGGGGUGCCCCAAGCUUCCCUCGGGGAAGUGAGAGGCUCUCCCUGGCUAGACCCCCAUCUCAAUACCACCUCCUCCCUUUUCUUCCUCCCCUUCUGCCCCUUAGUAAGUCUAUGUGUGGAAUGUGAGAUAUAAAUAUAAAUAUAUAAAGCUAUAUUUUCAGGCACCUGCCUGCCCCAAGCCCCCGCCCCACUCCCAUCUCUUCUUCCCUGCCACCCCUCCCUGCAGCCUCCGUGGCUUACUCCAGCCAUACCUUCUCUUUCUCCUCUCUCCUUCCUUCUUCCCUUGAUCUCCCUCUUCCUGUCUCUGUCCUGGUCCCUGCCCCCGUCUCAGCCCAGCCUCUGUAUUCUCCACCCUUGAUCUUUCUCCCUGUCUCUCCUGCUGCCCCUGGUUUCUUCCUUUGGUGCUGGCUGUGUUGGUAUCAUCAGUUCUUGAGCUAUAUUUUGUUUGGGGUUGUGGCUGGUUUUGGUUUUAGUAAUUUUGCUGCUUCCCGUUGCUCUCCUUCUAUUCCCUCCCUCUGCCCUGCCUGCCUGUCUCCUCCCUGCACCUGCGGCCUCUCUGGGAAGCUGUUCCUUUCCAUGCCAAAUAGAAGCAACAAGGCCCUAGCUGGAGACCCUGGGGAUCUGGAACUGCAGGCAGGAGGUAGCACUGGCUCCCACUCUCACCCUUGCCCAGCCUGGCAUCUAGAAGGUGUCACGAAUUACUUUCUCUUCUGUCUUCUCAGUUUUGAUGUCCUCAUCCCCAAGAUCAAGGAGGCAGUAGUCAGGCUGGGAAGGCAGUAGAAUGGCCGGCAUUCCUGCCUGUAAGCCCUCCAAAGACAGAGGCCUGGUGUCAGAGUUCAGCCAGGACUGACCACAGGGCUCUAGAGCUCUCUUUGGUGAGACUCCCCUGGUUGGCGAGCGGCAGCAGGGGAAGAGGUGCUCUCAGAAACAGCAGGACUGGUGCUCCUCUCCCACAAGCCCAGCCUCCACAUUCAGCAGGUACUGUGCAUGGCAGGAGUACGGUGACCAGGUUGAACUCUGCUCCUGAGCACAGUGAGUGCAAAGCAUUUAGCAACACAUAGGCUCAGGCUUCUGUAGGCUUCCUGUCCCACAGCCGAUUAUGGAAGUAAGGGCUUCUCUCCAACUAGUCACUGGAAUGGAAAACUGUUACUGUUCAUAGCCAGGAAACCCAGCUCAGCAAACUCCCUUUCAAAGCUGUGUGACUGGCUGGGCGCAGUGGCUCACACCUGUAAUCCCAGCACUUUGGGAGGCCGAGGCAGGCAAUCACCUGAGGUCAGGAGUUCAAGCCCAGCCUGGCCAACAUGUGAAACUACUAAUAAUACACAAAUUAGCCGGGCCUGGUGGCACGUGCCUGUAAUCCCAGCUACUUGGGAGGCUGAGGUGGGAGGAUUGCUGGAACCUGGGAGGUGGAGGUUGUAGUAAGCUGAGAUCAUGCCACUGCCCUCCAGCCUGGGCAACAGAGUGAGACUCCAUCUCAAAAAAAAAAAAAA